AUGUCGCAGCUCGGAUCGUCUACCGCGGCAUCAAGUGUCAAGCGAACCUCAACUGCAAGCCAUGGACGGACUGAAGCCAGACCUGAAGAGCGUAUCAGCAUCCGCAAGAGUAAAGCGGUCAAAAAGCCGAUUGAGGGCGAGUGCUCUAUAUGCCACGAUGACAUGGAUACUUGCAAGAAAGAGAUCACGUUCUGCGCUCAGGGGUGUGGAGCCAACGUGCAUUACGACUGCAUGAAGAGAUGGAAGGAACAAAAGCUUGCAAAUGCAGAAAUCGUCAAGUGUCCAUUAUGUCGUCGGAUCUGGCCAACCGAAGGGGGUGAACAAGCGCUCCAAUGUGCAGAUCUUGACGCCGAUGCGUUUCGUAUUUACUACGAUUGGCUGUACCAUCGCACUAUAUCUCUACAGGAAGACGAGGCUCCAGUUGAUCUUACGCAUAGACGUACCCAUGGUGGCAAAGAAUUUUGCGGCUUGCUGAAUGCGUAUCUACUUGGCGCACAAGUGCAAGAUAAGGCUUUCCGUACAGCCAUUCUACGAGCCUUCCUGGAAGUCAUGAAAGAGACCAAUAUUUAUCCCGGUCCAUAUCAGAUCAACCCAGUCUACCGUAAGACGAAGCCUUCAUCAGGGAUCCGAAAAUUCCUGGUCGAAGUUCAUGUCUCUUUCGCCGAGUGUGGUUGGAUCCAGGAAGACCGGAAGCGAUAUCCUGCCGUCUUCCUUGCGGAUUUGAGCAUUGCACUCUUGCGAACACGAAAUGUGGCUGAGAAUACUGGUCCACAAAUAGCGAAGCUGAAGGACAGAUUCUGCAACCACGGAGAUGACAUCGUCGAAGAACUGAGAUCUGACGCAUCAGAUUCUGACUCUGAUUAA